AUGCCCAAGCAGUACUGGUUAUUUGUAGAUGGGCAUCGGUUUGAACGGCAACCGAAAAUGCCGCACUUCAUCUACGAUGUGUGCCUACAAUGUUGGAGACGGCUUCCAUUGGACAGACCACAUUUCAGGGAAAUCGAACUUUACCUGCUUCCGCAUUACAUCGAGUACGAAGCUUCACAUAUGGAAAUCAUCUCGGAACGGCAUAAAAAACAGCAGGAAACCGUUCGGCACCAAGUAAAUGAUACCAAUAUGACCGAAAUUGACUUUAUCGAUCGUCAUUGA